AUGAAGACCGCCGCUGUGUUUGCCUCGCUCGUCGCCCUCGUCGGCGCCACGACCCUCGUUGAGCCCCGCCAGGACUCAGAUUACCCUGACUGCGAGCCGACGACCGGCGCGUUCUACAUCCCCGACAGCAUCACCGUCGGCGAACCCUUUCCCGUGCGCUUCUGCUCGAGCACGUACUUCAAGACGUCGUCGAAGUCGAUCACGCUCGCCAUCGGCCGGGACAGCACGAACGUCAGCGGGUCCGUGAUCAUGACGGACGAGCUCACCACGAAGGACAACAAGAAGUACGACUUCGAGGCGACGAUUCCGUACUCGUCGACGAUCAAGUUCUCGGAAACGUCGCCGCUCAUCGUGGUUGAGAAGAUCAACGACUACUACGUGAGUGAGAGCUUCCAGGUCGUGACGACCGACGCGCAUCUCGUCUACCCCGAGGAGUCAUAG